GCGCGCGCGCUCGCGCCCGCCUGCCCGUCCGCCCGUCCGCCCGCCCGUCCGCCCGCCCCGCUGGCGCGGAGGAAAACGUUGCGCAGGUUCAAAAAUGGAACGUCGGCGGCGGCGUGAGGGAGCGCUAGGGGGUGUGCGCGCGUGCGCGUGCGCGCCCGGCCGAGCCUGAAGGGGUCCCCGCCGCCCCGAGCAUCGCGCGCAGCAGCCGCGGCCCCGCAGCUCCACCCCCGACCCGGCCCGGCCCGGCCCGGCCCCCGGCCCGUCGCCCGCCGCCCCGCAUGGAGCUGUCAGCCAUAGGCGAGCAGGUGUUUGCGGUGGAGAGCAUCCGGAAGAAGCGCGUGCGGAAGGGCAAAGUGGAGUAUCUGGUGAAGUGGAAAGGAUGGCCCCCCAAGUACAGCACAUGGGAGCCAGAGGAGCACAUCUUGGACCCCCGCCUUGUCAUGGCCUACGAGGAGAAGGAGGAGAGAGACCGAGCGUCAGGGUAUAGGAAGAGAGGUCCGAAACCCAAGCGGCUUCUGUUGCAGCGGCUGUACAGCAUGGACCUGCGGAGCUCCCACAAAGCCAAGGGCAAGGAGGAGCUCUGCUUCUCUCUGACGUGCCCACUCGGCAGCGGGAGCUCCGAGGGGGUGGUCAAGGCGGGGGCAGCCGAGCUGGUGGACAAGGGCCCCUUGGUGCCCACCCUGCCCUUCCCACUCCGCAAGCCGCGCAAGGCCCACAAGUACCUGCGGCUCUCACGCAAGAAGUUCCCGCCACGCAGCGGGUCCCACCUGGAGAGUCACAGCCAUCGACGGGAGCUCUCCCUGCAGGAGCCACCAGCCCCAGAUGUCCUGCAGGCCGCCAGCGACUGGGAGCCUGUGGAGCAGCCCCCAGAGGAGGAGGCAGCAGAAGCAGACCUGGCCAAUGGGCCCCCUCCCUGGACACCCACGCUCCCCUCAAGUGAAGUGACCGUGACUGACAUCACCGCCAACUCCGUCACCGUCACCUUCCGUGAGGCUCAGGCUGCCGAGGGCUUCUUCCGAGACCGGAGUGGGAAGCUGUGAACAGCGGCUUUCCUUCUGAAACUGUGUUCCUUGGGGCUUGGGUGAGGAAUUCCAGAACAGGAGGGGCUGGGAGCACGACAAAGGUUUUAUUUAAGGAAAAAAAGGCAGAAGCAUGGGGAGGACCGACCCCACCACCCUGCCCUUGCCCCAUGAGGGUUGUUUACAAAGGGGCCUCUGGGACAGGGAGGGAAGGCCAGUGUUGUCUGGUUCUCAUCUCCAGGGCAGAUGGGGAUGGGCUCUCCUGCCAGGCACGUCUCUGUCAUUAUCUUACAGAGGCUGGUCCUAGGCGGUGGAGGAGCCCAGGAGGUCCAGCCCAGCUUUCUGUGGUGUUUCCUCUCUGUUCCUUGGCUCAGGUCUUUACUAUGAACUUUCCACUCCCCCUGUGUGGUAGGACAUGGAGGCUGGCUUUGGCCACCAGGAGCAGGAGCAGGACAAAGGGUGUGGCCUGGACCAGAGAAGAGGCUGCCUACCAAGCCUCCUCUGAAUGUGCUGUCCCCUCAUCACUGGCCUGUGUAGAGAUGCCCAUGAACACAUCCAGCCACCCCGGUGUGUACACACUGCCUGUGUGUGUGUUCACACCUGCCCCUUGUUUAUAGACCUGUCCCCAUGGACCUUGCACACCUUUAGAAACUGAUCAGGUGAACAUGGCCUAAUUGGGAGCACAAAUGAACCUGCCACGGCACCGUCACUCUACCUUGCACAUAUGACGUGGGACAGCAGCUGUCUGGGACAGGAUCAGACAGCUUGGGCCCACCCUGGGCCUGACGGCAUCUGAUCUCCCAACCACAGAUAGAACCGGGCUCCAGGUGUGCCAGCUGCAGAUGCUUCCACACAGGGUUGUAGACCUGGCCCCUUCUUCCUCCCACAGGAAGGAGUUCAUGUUCUUUCUGACUCAGGUGACUUUUCAGCCCUUCCAACCCCCCCCUCCCCACUCCCCUAUAGUUCACCUGAUCUGGGCAUCCAUGGAUGCCAGUGGGUAUGGGCAGUCCCCACUUUCUCAGGGCAGUCCUUGUCUUCUGUGUUCCCUCCCCACCCAACCUGAAUGACACAGCUAGGGAUGACCCCUCCCACCCCGUGGGGAUUGGACUGUGAUACAUGGUGAGUCAGGCUGCACACAAGCCUGUGCUCCUGGUGAGGGAGCAGUUUGCUGGUUUGCACAGGUGUCCUAUUGGCUGACACUCUCCUCCCUGAGGAGGGCAACUCCCUUGUCAUAGUUACAUUGCUCUCUCCCCCCUGCCACCAUCGGAACCUGUGUGGCUGCGUCCCAGCAGCCCCCAAUCUUCGGUGUCUUUAGGAGGCCAGCAGAGUUUGCAUGAACAUGGCUGGGGUAACUCACUCCUAGAUCCUCCCAUUCCCAAACCAAAGAGCCUGCACCCUAUGUCUGUCUGGGAUUCUGUCCUCAGACUUCUCAAGUCCCGGGUCUCCCCCCUCCUCCUCACUUCUCAGUUGUCCAGGAUUAACUCAGUGCUUCCAUUGGGGGCAGUCUCCUGUGGGUGACCUGCUUCACCUCUGUCCUGGAACCUGAAUCUAGAGAAUGUCAGGGUGGGUGGCUACAGCUUUUCUUUGCAGCUGCAUUUGCUGGCCCACAAUACUGGGGACAGCAUCCUGUGGGUGUCAUGCUCCCCAUCCCUAGGGGCAUGAGACUAAAUGCCUGUGCACCUUGGAUCAUGAGGCUCCAGUGGGGAGAAGAGGCUUUUCCGGCAGCUGUCUUCUGUCUUUAGCAGCAGGCAGUGUCCUUUUCUCUCAUGUGGCCCUUUAUGAAACUCACCAGCUUGGGGAGAUUGUGGCCUAGGCUGGGGAAUCCCUCCCUCAGGGCAGCCAUGUGCCUCUGGACUGCUGUGGGCUGGCUCCCUGGGGAGAAUGGCUGCAGACUUUGAGUGGAUACAGGCUUCUCCCACCUGAAGCUAUCCAAGUGGACAGUGCCCCUACACACACUAACCCCUACAAGGCCAGUACUUGAGUGAGGAGUGGUAGCCACCUGCCUAUCUUUCCCUUGGCCCCACCCAUUUGAAUGUAGAGGUUGGGGUGAAGAUGUGCCUCAACCUUUGGUGUGGGCACUUGAAGUGCCACAGUUGAGCCCAUUCGGGCUGUGUGGUUAUCAUCUGGUAAGAUGGUGAUCUCAUUGCCAAGUUCCUCCCACCUCCUGCCCACUGGGGAAGGAGCUCAGUGUCAGUGAGGUGGUAUAGUUUUUUUUGCUUUAAGUGGCGGACCAGACCUGGCCACCAGGUCUCAGCACAAGACCGCUUCCUUUGCACAGAAUGAGCUCCGAGCUUUGUUCAGACUACAUGAAUGUAUUGGGAGGGAUUGGGAUGGGGCACAGGCCUUACCCUGGGGGAUGUGUGCUGGGAGAAUCAGCGGGUGCAGAGUGCGGUUUUAUUUUUGUACUGAUGGGUAAGAGACUGUAUAGCAUCUAUUUAUUUAGAUGAUUUGUCUGGUGGAUGAGGCAAAAAUUAUUAAAAAUACAUUAAAAUGAUUUAAAAAUUA